AAAGUUUGCUGGACUGGGCUGGAGCGGGCGGCGGCUGCUGGUGACUCUGGCGGGCGGGCACACGGGCAGAUCCACGGCGCCCACAGGCCGCCGCACUCUCUCCCUCACACGGUGGCUCCGUGCCCAUGGGUGCGGCCGCGGCCUGUGCGUAGCGCCGGUACUUUGGCCGGUGAUGGAGUCGGGCUGAGCCGCGUGUUGUUGCCGUCUUUGUGCCUCUCCCCGCCCGCGGCCCCAGGCCCCCAGGCCCCAGGCCCCAGGCCGGCCUCGCCAUGUUCUCGCUCUGCGCCUUGGCCCUCGCUCUGCUCUGCCAGCCCGCUCGGCCCGACCUCCAGCCUCGCAACUGCUCCGAGUUGGCCAAACUUCUCAGCCCCCGAAAGCACGAUGGCCCCAGGCCCUCAAGGGACCUUGCGGCGGGAGAUCACUUGAAGGUGUGUCCUCAACUCCACACAUGCUGUACCUCUGAAAUGGAAGAGAAGCUCAGCCAACAAAGCCAGCAAGAGUUCAGCAAAGAAGUGUUGGAGACGAGCAAUGCGCUGCACUCAACCUUUGCUUCCAGAUAUAAGAAAUUUGAUGAAUUUUUCAAGGAAUUAGUAAAUAAUGCUGAAAAAUCCUUAAAUGAUAUGUUUGUACAUACUUACGGCAUGGUUUAUAAGAAAAACGCAGACGUGUUCCAGGACUUAUUUAAAGAGUUGAAGAAAUACUACAUGGCUGGAAAUCUAAACUUGGAAGACAUGUUGAAUGACUUCUGGGCUCGUCUUCUGGAGCGGAUGUUUCGGUUGAUAAACCCUCAAUACCAUUUCACGGAAGAGUAUCUGGAUUGCAUUAGCAAAUAUACAGAGCAGCUGAAGCCAUUUGGAGACGUGCCACGCAAGCUGAAACUCCAAGUGACAAGGGCAUUUAUUGCUGCUCGAACAUUUGCACAAGGCCUUAGAGUUGCAAGAGAGGUUGUGGGCAAAGUAUCCACAGUCAAUCCAACAACGGAGUGUGCUGAUGCACUGCUGAAGAUGACGUAUUGUCCUCACUGUCGUGGGAUAUUUGCAUUUAAACCGUGCAACAACUACUGUCUCAAUGUCAUGAAGGGAUGCUUGGCCAAUCUGGCAGAUCUGGACAUAGAAUGGAACAACUUUAUUGAUGCAAUGCUGAUGGUUGCAGAGAGAUUGGAGGGACCAUUCAACAUUGAAUCAGUUAUGGAUCCCAUUGAUGUUAAGAUUUCUGAGGCAAUUAUGACCAUGCAGGAGAACAGUAUGCAGAUCUCUCAAAAGGUAUUUCAGGGCUGUGGGAAGCCAAAGUCUCUAUCUGGGAGCCGUUUAACUCGAUCUAUAUCGGAUGGGUUUAAUCCAAGGUUUAGACCCUAUAGUCCUGAGGAGCGUCCAACAACAGCAGCUGGCACAAGCCUUGACAGACUGGUGACAGAUGUUAAAGAAAAACUUAAGAAUGCAAAGAAGUUCUGGUCAACUCUCCCAUACAACAUGUGCAGCAACAGCAGCUCAGCCGCUGAGCUUGAGGAGGAUGGAUGUUGGAAUGGAAGUAACAGUAGCAGGUACAAUUUUGCAGUGACGGGCAAUGGCCUUGCAAACCAGCUCAACAACCCAGCUGUUCAAGUGGAUAUUACCAAACCAGACAUGGUGAUUCGUAGGCAGAUAAUGGUGCUGCAAAUAAUGACCAAUAAAAUAAAGAAUGCUUAUCAUGGAAACGAUGUAACAUUUCAUGAUGCAAGUGAUGAAGGCAGCGGUGGAGAAAGUGGCAGUGGCUGUAUUGGACUUGACUGCCACCUGGAGUUCACGUUCACCAUCACUGAUUCUCCUCUGCUCCUUGCUCCCUUGGAGCCCAAGAUAAUUAAACCUAAUAACUCUGCUUGCCGUAGCAAUCUCUCACAGCUAAUUCUACUCGUUAGCUGCCUUAUUAUAGCCUUACAUCUGAGCUUAAGAUAAUCACCCAAGAUGCAAAAGAGUCUUCACAAAUGGCUUUAAAAAAAAAACUUAUUUUCAAUUAUACCAGCUGAUGACUUCACAUUAAAUUGCAAACUUUUCUUAACGUCUCAUCAAUGAUGUAUAGUUGUUGCUUCAAAUGUAUUGAGAUUGCCGUUGUCACCUAUGUAUCUACUUAAUCAUAAUCCACGAGUGAAAACAUGCCAUCCACACCAUCAUUAUGUGGACUCCAAGGUAAAUACAUUACUUGCUAAAUUUUUUAAGCAUUUUUAAUAAAAUUUGCAAUUGGCCUAUUUAAAGAAACAGGUUGCGUGCAAGCAAAUCCAAGCCAAUUUUCAUUAUAUAAUAUGGUGAAUAUCUGUACAGAAGCAAACUUAUUUAUCUUGAAUUGACGGGAUAAUGAUGCACCUUUUGAUGCACAAAUGUAUCUGUUAUGUAGUCACGCUAAUAUCUGAUAUAUGCCUGGUUUAAUUUUAGGUAGGUAGUCUAGUUAUAAACAGUUGCACAGUGAUUAGAACUGUGAUCGUUGAGCCCUUCCAUCAGGGGACAUGUUCCACAGCUCUCUAAUUUGUUUAAAGAUCAAAUUUGGAGAAAGUGUAGUGCAGACACCAGAACAAAAUCCAGUGUUAACAUUGCUUGAUGUUUGAGCAAUCUGGGUUUAGUUUCUGGGAGUUAAUGUUUGAAGUUGCUGAUGAGGUAACUGUCCCUGUGGCGGAUUCCUAAUGCCCGUGCAGCUUCCUGCAUUCGAGUCGGGAGCAUCAUCAUACUGGAAUGCUUUUCUAAUAAUAAAGUUUGAAUGCAAUAUUUGUCCUGUAUGCAUUUCAGUUUUCAUUGUAAUGUUAAUUAUAUUUUUAUAUCAAAAUUUUAACUACUUGUAAUUGCUAGCUCAGGGUCAGUACACUAUUUUAGACAUUUCUGUUCUAUUAUAUUUUCAAUUAGCAGAAAACUGAAUUAAAUGCUGUUAUUUGCUGUUUGUAAAUCAUAGGGGUUCUUGCUUAAGUACUGAUUUACCGUGACAGUAGAUUGUAUAAAGCCGUGCCAUUGUUGAGCUAGCUGCCGGUGUUAUAAGGUUUGUUAUUCCAUUUUAGAUCACAUAGUACUUGGUUUUGGCUUUCUGUAAGGGAAAGGGAAUUGCCUGAAAUAUCCAUUCAUUAGCUGAAAUUCAGCUGGAAUACCAGCAAUGGUGUGGUUCUGAUUAGCAGAUAGCUCUGCACUCUUUCUUUCAUGACAAACUUGUAUAUUAUCUUUAGUCAUUUUAUAAAAGCUUGUUAUAAUCCCAGGAAUAUGUUUUAAAAUACACAUUGCUGUACUGAUCAUCAUUUUCAUUUCAAAUGCAAAGUACAAACUGCUUGAUGUAAGUUAAAAAACAAUGCAAAGAUUGCUGCUCUAUUCAUGGUGCAGCACCUGUGGGAAAUAUCAUGGAAUGCGAUUGAUGCUGAAGUAAACUUGUGGACAUCAAA